AUGGCUUCCGCUGUGGUAACCACCGCGGCGCAUAUGUCGCUGGCGAUCGCGUCCAUGGCGGUCGUGCUUGUCUUCUGCGACGGGUCGCUCUUCGGGUACCAUCCCGCGGCGCUCGCUCUCGGCUUCGUAUUCCUUAUGGGGGAGGGCGUCAUAGCCGCUGCUGUUGGCAAGGGACGGCAGCGGCCCCUCUGGAUCAACAUACACGCCCUCCUGCAAGGCUUAGCAGGCGCCGCCAUUGCAGCCGGAACCACCGCCAUCUACCUCAACAAAAACCGCCUGGGCAAACCGCACUUCACCACUCUGCACUCCCAGCUCGGCCUCGCAGCGCUGGUGCUCUCUGCAGGCAUUGCUGCAGGCGGCGCUGUGGUGAAAUAUCUGCCUGCUGGGGGCGUGGUUGAGACGAUGCGGCGUGCACACAAGCAGUUUGGCGCAGUGGCGUUUUUCCUGGGCGUGGCGGUGUGUGUGAAUGGGCUCCGACUCACCAACCCUGCUAGCCCUGUCUACAAGGGUCCACUAUCCAUGGCGGUGGGUGGUCUGCUGGUGCUGGCAGCUGCUGCAGUGCUGCUGCAACUGCUGCUCGCACCCUCUGCCGAUCCCAAGGCAGGCAAGGGCAGGAGAGCACCCAAGGCAGAUUAA